AUGUGGAGAAGAGUAGUAUCUACUCGUGUCAAAUCCGUAGCACCUGAGACGUCUCCUCUUUCGUGUGCUUUUCUUACGCAUUUUAGCUUUAAAUCAGGUGAUCCUAAAGGGAUUUAUAGGGAAGCUAAUGGUGUCAAAUACCUAGCACCUGCCGAUUUCAUUGAUGCUUCUCCUCUUUCGUCUGCUUUUCGUAGGCAUUUUAGUUCCAAAUCAGGUGAUCCUAAAGGGAUUGAUAAAGAAGAUGUUGGGCAGGCUGAUAAAGAUGAAUGGGAACUUGAUCUAGAGGGUGAUAACGUGCUAGGUAAUUUGAGGAAGCCUAAAGGUCGUGACAUAGUUUAUAAGGUGUAUGAUAUCUUGAGGAAUGAAGAAUGGAGUGUCGAUUUGGAGAAGCUAGAAAAUUUGAAACUCAAUUUCAAUCGUAAUCUGGUGCAAGGGGUUUUGGAAUUAUCGGGCAUUGAAACGUCUAAAGCUUUGUUAUUCUUUCGAUGGCUUGAUGUGCCUGGCCGCUUCAAGCAUGAUGGGAAGACCUACAACUCAAUGGCUAGGGUUUUGGGGAAAGAAAACAUUGACCAGUUUCAUGAGUUUAUUGAAGAAAUGAGGAGUCUUGGUUACCAUAUGGAAAGUAAGACUUAUGUUACAGUUUUGAACAGGUUUCUUAAGGCUGAAAUGAUUACGGAAGCUGUAGAGCUAUUUGAGUUAGCUAUGGCUGGUAGAAACAAACCCACAGAACAGUUGUGCCACUUAGUGCUUUGCACAAUUUUCACAGCCAAUAAAGAUAUGGAUCUGAUUUCAAGAACGGUAAAAGCUUAUACGAGAAAUGGCAAAAUUUUGUCGGACAGUGUGCAGGGGUAUGUGCUUCGUUCUUUGAAAAUGGUUGGUAGAGAUGAACUGACGGACGAGGUGUUGAAAGCAAUGAAUGAGGGCGAAGGGAAUCUUGGCGAAAUGGAUACAUUGUUGUUGACGCAUGUGGUGAAAAAGAUUGUAGACGCUAAAUCUAAUGGAAUUAAAGUUUCCAUGAUCCCAGUGUCAGCGUGGAUUGUACUAAGAGCUUUGAGAUGGCAAGGUUUUGACGCCUACUUGGUAGGUGGUUGCGUCAGAGAUCUCCUAAUGAAGAGAACACCAAGGGAUUUUGAUGUCGUCACCACCGCUUCUGUUGAUCAGGUUCGUCAAUUAUUUGAGGAUUCACAAAUAGUUGGAAACAAGCAUCCUAUAUGUAAGGUCUCGAUAGGCGAAUCAGUUAUUGAGGUCUCCAAUGUAGGACGACCGCUUGUUCCUUCUUCACUACCCUGUGAAUGGGAUAAGAUUGACUACAUUCUGUACGCAAACAGUCAAAAACGGGACUUCACAAUUAACAGCUUGUUCUUGGAUCUCUUAUCGUACCAAAUCUAUGAUUACAACAACGGAAUAGAAGAUUUGGAAAACCGAAUGCUUCGCACAAUGAUCGCUGCAUCUGUAUCUUUCAAGAGAGAUUGUGCUAGAAUUCUAAGGGGUGUGAGAAUUGCAGCUCGUUUGGAUCUAUCAUUUUCAGAGGAAAUAGAGGAUGCUAUACCCAAACGUAUACAUUUGGUGGCACGCUUAGGCUCUUUUAGGUUAACGAGGGAGCUAAACUACAUGUUCUCUUAUGGAGCUGCUAUUCCUUCUAUCAACUUACUGCAGAAGUUGAAGCUCCUCCAUAUUCUGCUUCCAUUUCAGGCAGCGUGCCUGGAAGGAGGUGAAGAAGAAACAACAAAGAGCAGUGCCAUGCUGGAACGCUUAUUCUCCAACUUGGACAAGUUGCAUUCUUGUGGCAACCCUGCUGCAGAUUCACUUUGGUUAGUUCAUUAA